CUUUCUGCGAAUUUGGUGGGUAUGCUAUCAAAUAAAAUAAUGUAAAUAAUUUUAUAUAAAAUAAAAUACCGAUUUCUAUAUCGGUACUUUCUAUAUUUUUAACAAUUUUUAAUAACAUAUUCUCACCUCUGGAGAUUAAUGAUACUGGGAUGAUUAUACAUAUAUCCUUAGAUAAAUGUUCAUGCGGGUUCCUUUCAAAAAUGCUCUUGCCUUGUAGGCAUAUAAUGGCUUUACGAGCUUCUUAUAAUUUAGAUAAAUACUGUCCUGAGUUAUGUAGCAGAAGAUGGACAAGAGCCUACUCUAUAUCUUGUGGUCAAGAAAAUAUAUCAAUGAGCCUAUCUGAUAUUUCAAUCAACAGUCAUACUACAAAAUAUAAUCCCAAAAAUAAAUUAUCACAAAGUGACAAAUAUAAUAAAAUUUAUCAAAAGCUAGUAUCACAAGCUCAAUACAUAUCACAUCUACCACAAGAUAAAUUUGAUUUCUUUGAUAAACAAUUUGACAUUAUUGAAGAAUGUAUUCAAGAUGAUCAUUUAUUCUUUGUGAUACCAUCUGAAUUGACCUCCUCUCCAAAUAUUAAAGACCUCGCUCAUAUCCCAACUAAAUCUUCCUCAGAUAUGACUUCCUCUUCAAAUGAGAUAGACCUCUUAGAUGUCCCAUCUAAUCUUCCUUCCGAUAUGGCUAUAUCUCCAUACCUCGCUGAUGUCCCAUCGAAUCUUCCCUCCGAUAUGGCUAUAUCUCCAUAUGAGAUAGGUUUUUUUUAUAUAUUAUCAUUUUAAUUAGACCUUGCUGAUGUCCCAUCUAAUCUUCCCUCCGAUAUGGCUAUAUCUCCAUACCUCGCUGAUGUCCCAUCAAUCCGAUAUGGCUAUAUCUUCAUGUGAGAUAGCUCAAAUCCCAGCUAAAUUUUCCUCAGAUAUGACUGCCUCUCCGAAUGAGAUAGACCUUGCUGAUGUCCCAUCGAAUCUUCCCUAUGAUAUGGCUUCCUCUUCAAAUAAUAUAAAUCCUCAAAUUAUGAACUUGAUAUAGAAGUAUCCACAAUUAUCUUAAAUCUAGAUAUGAUCAUUGAUAGAACCAAACAACAAAAAGAGGAAGAAUAUAAUGAAAAUAUGGAGAUUAAAUUAAAGAAUAUCAAAUUGCCGGCUAGGAUGAAAAGACAGGGAAGACAUAAAAAUUCUAAUGGCUUAUCAAGAAAAUUUCACAAAAAUAAAAUUGUUAAAAAUAUAGAAAGUACCGAUAUAGAAAGCGAAAGAAUUCAUUGAUUUCUUAUUAAAAGAUAAAAUAAAUUCAAAUAACCGCAUUUUACAGGAGUCCUCGCAAAAUAUACAAGAAACAUCUAAUAAGCUUAUCAAAUGAAAAAAUUUUGUGGAUUAUAAAAAAGUUAUGUACAAUAAAGGCUAUAGAAUAUUUUGGAAACAAUAUAUUAAUUUGCAGCAAUGAUGUCUUAGUUCAAACAUCAUUCGAUAUGCGAUGCAUCGAAAAUGUUGAUGUAGAUAUUACUAUACUUGAAAAAUAUUUUACAGAAGAAGCUUGGAAAUUACUUUAUAUUUUAUAUAAAAAUAUACUAGCCGAAGCAUGGGUAUGUCAUGGAUGCCAUAUAUUGUUAAAUGAUGUUCUUUCAGUCAUGUGCGAUAUAUGUCUGGUAUCAUUUUAGAUGUCAAAAUAUUAAUAAAAAACCACGAAAAAAUAUUAUUUUUGUACAACA